AGGAGAAGAUAUCCAAAACCCAAAUUAGAAGAGAAAAUGACGAGCAAGAAUGUAGAGUUAGAGUUGGUGUGGCUGAUCCUGGUAGCGGCGGUAGGAGCUUGUGUUUUUCUAUUUGGUUUUCCCAAGAAAAUAAAUGAAUGGUACUAUGUUCUACGGUUGGGGAAGAAGAAGCAUAGCUCUCUCCCGCCGGGAGAUAUGGGUUGGCCUUUCAUUGGGAAUAUGAUUUCCUUUGUCAGAGCUUUCAGAUCCCAAAACCCUGAUUCCUUCAUCAGCAACCUUGUUCAUAGGUAUGGUCAGACUGGGAUUUACAAGACGAGUUUGUUCGGAAAUCCGAGCAUCAUAGUUUGUAGCCCCGAAAUUUGUAGGAAGGUUUUGACGGACGAUGAGAUGUUCAAAUACGGGUACCCUACGUCUUUGGACAAGUUACUCGGGAAACUUAAGUCAUUACAUGGUGUUUCAAAUUCAGAGCACAGGUAUUUGCGGAAGCUAUUGAUUUCAUCAAUCAAUGGCCAUGAGGCACUCUCAAAACAUAUUGGAUAUAUCGAGGACGUUGUGGUUUCUUCCUUGGAAGAGUGGGGACGCAACAACUCUCCGAUUGAACUCUUAACUGAGUUAAAAAAGAUCAAUUUCAAAGUCAUGACGAGAAUUCUCAUGGGCUCUGCUGAUUACAUUUCCGAGUCAAUGACCAAGCAGUAUGCACAUUUGUUCCAAGGAUUGCUGUCGCCGCUACCGAUCGAUGUUCCCGGUUUUACAUUCCAUCGAGCGAUCCAGGCAAGAAAGACAUUGGUAAAUGUUUUUCAAGCACAUCUGGAUGAAAGAAGGUGUAAAAACGAUGACGGCCUGAACAUUAAAAAGGGCAUGAUCGACCUACUCUUGGAAGCUAAAGACGAAGAUGGUGAAAAACUGGAUAACGAACUGAUCGUUAAUUUACUACUGGGGUUCUUGUUAGCCGGUCACGAAACAACAGCGCAUGCUGCAUUGUGGCUCACCGUUUACCUUCACAAUCAUCCCGAAGUUCUACAGAAAGUCAGGGAAGAACAAUUGGAGAUCAUAAAGAGAAGACCAUCGUCACAGAAAGGUUUAACUCUCAACGAAAUUAGACAGAUGGAAUAUCUAUCAAAGGUCUUCGACGAGACCAUGCGAUUAAACGGUAUGCCAUUCGCAAUUUUCCGAAAGACAAACAACGAUGUUGAAGUUGAUGGCUAUAUCAUACCCAAAGGAUGGAAAGUUUUGGUUUGGAACCGAGCUAUUCAUUUGAAUUCUGAAAUUUAUUCGAACCCGAUGGAUUUCAUUCCCUCGAGAUGGGAUAAUCUUAAACCGAAAGCUGGGUCUUUUAUUCCAUUUGGAGCAGGAAGUAGGACAUGUCCUGGAGCUGAUCUAUCCAAAGUCGAGAUGUCUAUCUUCAUUCAUUAUUUGGUACUAAACUACAGAUUUGAACAGAUUAAUCCGAAGAGCCCAGUUAUAUUUCCUAACCCUAGUCCUAUAGACAAUUGUCUCGCCAAGGUUACAAAGCUCCGGUGACCAUCAAAUAUGAAUGUCGUCGACGUUGACGUCGUCGUCAUC